AUGCGAAAUACUGAUGAGAUAGGUGAAACAGUGGUUUUAGUGUUGCGGCGCAAAAGUGAUGAGGAAGGCACAAAUAAAGAGCUACGUCUGCCGGAACCGUUUAUCAUUGGCUUAUCUGUACAAACGGCAAUAGGAGAAAAAGAUCCCAGAAAAGUAACCGCCUCCCGUGAGGGGCGUGGGUCACGAUAUCUUCUCCGUACCAACUCCAGAAGUAUCGUUGAUAAGCUGAUAAAGCUGACCGAGCUGUCCGAUGGAACCCAAAUCGAAAUUUUCCGUCACCCAACCCUGAACACCAUACAAGGAAUCGUAUACGAACCAGACUCCAUCAGUACCGAUGAGAAAACGAUCGUCGAAAACUUAGCCUCCCAAGGUGUACAUACAGUCCGCCGAAUCAAAAAGCGACUGAACGGUAAGCUAGAGAACACUCCCCUGUUGGUUCUGUCAUUCCAUGGAACCGUGCUACCGGACCACAUCUACUUCGGACUCCUACGACUCCCAGUCAGGGUCUACUAUCCAUCACCGAUGAUCUGUUUCAACUGUGGUACAUACGGACACUCACGAAAAUAUUGCCAACAAGCUGGCAUUUGCUUGCGAUGUUCCCAACCCUCUCACUUGGCCGACGGAGAGCAGUGCAAAAACUUACCUUUUUGCAUGCAUUGCAAGAACGGGCACCAUAUCUCAUCCCGAGAUUGUCCUAAAUAUAAAGAGGAGGACAAAAUUGUGCACAUUAAAGUCGAUCAAUGUAUUUCCUAUAUCGAAGCAAGGCGAAGAUAUAAUGAGGAAAACAGACGUGAAACAAUUGCUCGAAAGAUCCAAGAUCAGUUAAAGCAAGAGGUUGCUACCAAGGACCAAUUGAUUGUAACGCUCCAAAAACAAGUAGCUACUUUGACAAAAGAACUGUCCUCGCUGAAAGCUUCACUCAAACACCGGUCUCAAAGCCAAUCGUCAGUAGUAACACGUCCCGUGAACGACAACCUAUCUCUACAGUCAUCCCAGUCCAUUAUAUCAUCUAAAAACGCCAACACACACGAAUCGAGGAAGAACACGGCUUUUAUCUCACCACCAUCCAGAAGAAAAGAUAACCGAACCCAGGAAUCCAUCAAUAAUAUCCGUACUCGCAGCCGAAGCGGCAAACGACAAUUCGAAGUAUCACCAACAAACUCAAAUGCCACCAGAGGGAAACGAUCUACAACUCAGCAUGUAAAUACCCACAGCGCAUGCAGCUCAGACGAAUGA